AUCAAACUUAAAACCAUCAUAAGUAUCAUAACUAAAUGACUUUACAUCGUUGUGAAUGUGUUUACUGAAGGUCAGUGGAGCAGUUAAACUAAAGACCUGCAGUUAACUAAAGUGAUGCGAAGUUGACAACGGACUCAAAUAAGAUUACUGCUGUAUGAAAUACCAACAUGGACGGCCAACCAGAAAUAGCAAAAGGCCUCAACUCCCCCGAACUCAAAAGAAACAAAGAAAUCCCUUUCGUGGACGACUUCAUCGAACUUGACCAUGUCAAGCCAGGAGAACCAACCCGACCAAAACGAGAAACCAAAGAAAUACAUGCUACCGACUUAGGAGAAGUACAUUCUUCACCAGACAGUGAUACUAUAGUAGUUAAUACACCUGAAGGAACGCUUUAUAUAACUUUAGAACCAGAUUCAAGCAAAUCUAGUAGAGUUAAUAGUCCAAGCACGCAAUCGACUGAUCUCACGUCGCCUAGUACUUCUAAAGCUGCGGAAGAGUCUAUGGCUUUGAUACAAAAUGAGAAGGAUAUGGAAGCAGAACAGAGACGGGCGAAUUUGAGGAGGAAUUCGAUUUCGAUGCCGACGCUUCAGAAUUUGGAGUUGGAGGUGCUGAGGCAGCAGUAUCUACAGAAUCCGCAGGAUCAGAUUCCGGAGCACCAUCAGAGCUCAGCGUCAGGGUUCAGCGAUGGGGACCCGCAGGCAGACCACAACGAGACUGACGAUGAUAGAGCCAAAGCACCGCUCCGCUCCCCACGCCGCAAGCGCCGCGGACGCAGCGAAUUCAGCAUGGACGACGAUGACUACUCACCAAACAACUCGGUCGUAUCCGUCAACUCCUUGGCUAGUCUGCUACGGGAAAAGUUGCAAAGCAUCCCUCAAAAGAUCCGCAAGAAGCCGACCGACUACAAGCUCCGCGCGUUCGUCGGUCUCAUGUUCUUAGCUGUUGUGUUCUUCGUUGGCUUCGCGUACGUGCUGUACCAUCAACAAGCCAGCAGCCAGGCAUAUUUCGACGCAGUGCAAUUUAACGAGCCGAAGAGAUUGCUGAGAAUUCAUAGUGCUGAUGACAAUGAGAUACUCAGGGCUAGUCUUGCGGUGAAUUUGCCAGCCAAGCAGAAGGCGUUCCCCUGCCUACCAGCGCACCGUCGUGUCGGCUCCGAGUGUCUCGAAUGGCAACAGUCCGCUCGUUUCUACCUCAAGUGUCUGCCCCAUGACCCUGGCUUAGAUAACACUACGUGCUACUCGGUAGAGUGGCAGGCGCUACGUCAUGACGUCUAUCCCACCGACUGCUUUGACUGGAGCGAAACGAAAACCAACUGGUACGGCGGUGGACAAGCGUCCAACCUCUCUUGGCCUCUCAACAACGGAACCAUUGACUACACUCCCUUUAUCACCGGAAACAUACAGAAAUCACAGUUUGGAAACGUCCUCACCAGAUACCUCAUCAACUCUAAAGGUGCAGCCGUCAUUAUUGACGAAGAAACUCCAUUACAUAUCGCAAUCAAUAAAGGAAUUAAACAAAUAUGCAUCAAAGCACAGCAUGAUAACUUCGCAUACGCCAACAAACUCACAGAAUUCCCUGAGAUGAGGUACAACAUAUGCACUUCAAGAGACAUGAAAUCGUUGCAUUCUUCAAUACACAAUCACCAAAGAGCGCCUUUGUGGGAUGGUCUCAAACCAGCAGAUAUGAUGACCUUGGAGUCUUUGAUAACUGAACCAGUCUGGCAAAUAGCACCAAGGUUCAAGCAUGAACUACAAGCAGAAACCAUUUCAAAAUAUACCGAAGAUGUUAUUAAUCUAGGCUUCCUAAAACAAGGACAUGUUUUGAUUAACGAAUAUUGGCAGAACGAGAUAGGCGAUCUAACUGUUGAUACUAGUAGAUUCGAGACUUUAAACAUAACUGUAGACAAACUACACCGAAGAGGUUUUAAAGUAGCGUUCACAAUCCAGCCCUUCAUAAGCACGGAGAGUAAGAAUUUCGCUGAAUGUGUGCAAAAGAGACUGUUAGUUAGUGAACGAGAAAGCGAUAGAAGAAUACCAGCCUUAACCAGAUUUAAAUCUUUAGCGAGCGCUGGCAUGCUAGAUAUAACUAAUAACAGAACAGUUCCAUGGUUCACUGAAAAGAUACAAGCAGUCAUAGAUAAAUAUCACAUAGAUUCCUUUUACUUAGAUUUAGGGACAGCUUAUGAUAUGCCGAUGUAUUAUCAAUGUGAAAAGCGGUUAAUUAACCCUGAUCAAUACAAGACCAUUUUCACGAAGACAUUUGAGAAAUCCUUAAACAUUAUUGGAGUGUCAGGUGCCGUGUCGCUACCGAGACCGCCUAUCUUUGUGUCACUACCGCCAUUUGAGUCGACUUGGGAAGCGUUACGCUCGGUCAUACCAACGAUGCUGACUUACGGCAUUAGUGGGUACCCGUUCAUCAUGCCUGGUGCUGUGGGUGGAGACAUCUACUGGCCUGGUAGCGAGCAGUUCCUGCCUUCUUCUAAAGGAUUACUAGAGUCAAACGCAACAAGCACAGAAACGAAGAAGCUGCCAGAAGUGGAGUUGUACAUGCGCUGGCUACAGAUGGCGACGUUCCUGCCCGUGAUGAAGUUCACACAUCUCCCCAGCAAGUACAACGACGAGAAGGUGCUGGAGAUGGCGAAGAACUUGACCACGCUUAGGCAGAAGACGAUAACCCCUCUCCUCCUAAAAUACAAGCGCGAAGCUCUAGAAGAAGGUUUACCUCUAAUUAGACCUCUAUGGCUGGUGACCGGUGGUGACCCCUUGCUGGUGGUAAAGGACGAGUUUGCGAUCGGAGACGACAUCGUGGUGGCCCCCGUGCUUUACCCGGGACAGACUACUAGAGAAGUAUACCUCCCAGCGGGCCUUUGGGAAGACGGUAUCGACGGCUCUAUGCGCAAGGGCAGCCGCUGGAUGCACGAGUAUCGAGUACCGAUCAAUCGCGUCGCCUACUUCAAACGGUUACCCAGCGAUUUGCGUUUUCGGUAGCCCUAUUUAAAGAUAACUGAUUGCAGCCUUUAUGCUGUUGAAAUAAGGCUUAUAUUUGUCAGUUUAGAGACCACAGUAGCAUCUUUUGAGUUUCGCUCGUAGUUGCGUCUAGCAGCAGCCAUAGAGUUACGGCUCGGCCACGACAUAGAGCCUUGCGGCGGCGGUAGCGAUAAUCAUAGAUUGGAGCGUGACACAGCGAUAGGACCUUUCGCUCCAACCUAUGGCUAUCGCUACCGCCGUCGCAAGUCGCUGGAUGUCGGGUCCCACUGGGUCCAGCCGUUUGAGUUGAUUAGACGCCCUCAAGUCACUCGGGAGACGCUAGUGUGAGGGCUAUUUUAACAACUACUUGCAUCGAGUUGACUUUACUUCACGACAGUAAGCUUUACAAUGGUCAGUCUAUACAAAGCUGUUAGAUACAGUCAACAGCAGAAGUUGCUAAGCGGGCCAGGUGUUCAAAAUUACCUUGACACGCUCUUAUUAUUUUAACAAUAAAGUCGCGUCAAGAUCAAUUUUAACACCUGGCCCGCUUAGCAACUUCUGCUGCUGACUGUACAAGAGUACAGAGUGAGAUUUAAGUGCGUUUUUUUGUAAAUUUUUGAUGACUUCCUCGUGCUCUUCUUCGCUUUACUGCAAGUUGAAAAACACAUUGUGACGACAUAUUGAAAGAUCUUGAUUUCUCAUCUCCUACACUGCCAAUUGUGUAAAAAUUAAAUGCAAUGCUCUUGUAUUGCAUAAUCAAAGUAAGUUAUAUCUAUUUAUAUUUUAUUAUCUUCAAAGUAAUUUGUAUUAAUUAGGUUCUUGUCAUUGACCUCGUUCUGUACUUUCAUUUGAAUUGUCUCACACAAAAAUUAAAACGCAGUGCAGGUGUUAUUUUAAACGUCAACCUUCUAUGAAACUAUGACACACUAUAACACUGGCACUGCGUGUGCUGUCAAAAUCUCUGUAGACUUUUCUUGGUCUAACUCUAUUAAUUAUCGUUGUUAUGAAACAAAAAUAACAAAUCAAGCUGAGAAUUUUAACUUUAAUCAGCCUACUGUCAACUGUCUUUUACUUGUCAUGUUACUUUCCUCGUCGCUGUAUUGGGGUGUUAGCAUAUUUGAUAGUCGUAAGAUUUUUUCGAUCAUAUUCUUCUGUAUCUAGUCUUUAUAAAUAAUUCAAUGUUAGCAUUUGUGCCAUUUAUUUGAUGACUUUCUAAAACAAAAUAAGAUAUGUGACGUUAUCUAUGAAAAGGGACCUUACGGGCGCUUACGCCAUUAUUAACGAUGCUCCGAUAUAAAUACAAAGCCGCGCGACGACGCUGUGCUGCGUAAGCGCCAUCGACAAUAUAUGGUCCCUUUUCAUACACGGUGUAACACGAGGAAACCGAAUAAUUUUAACCACGCAUUUCUGAGGUCAAAAGAAGGAAAAAAUGUAAUAUAAGUUUAGGUCAACUUCGCCAAAAGAAAAAAAAUUGUUUCGAUUUUAAAUUUUUUGAAUGUAUUUGUACAUAAAAAAUGAAUGUUAUUGGUAAACUUGUCACUUAAAAUUGAUUUUUACAUUUUUUUUCGUAAAACCUACUUUUUGGAAAGUUUUACUUGUCACUUUUCGACAUCUAAGUAUCAAUAAGGAUAUUUAGAUUACGUCCCAUAGCAGCAACAUCACCAUCAAAAAGGCCUUUUACACUAUGUAACAAUAAAAACUUGUUUUUUUAAAUUAAUAUUAUCUCUGACUCUAGGCGAAUUUCAAAAAAGUUUAUAGGACAUUUUAUGUCUCUAAAUAUGAUCAGGAAUACGCUGUCAAAAGAAGGAAAAAAUGUAAUAUAAGCUUAGGUCAACUUCGCCAAAAGAAAAAAAAAAUGUUUCGAUUUUCAAUUUUUUGAAUGUAUUUGUACAUAAAAAAAUAAUGUUAUUGGUAAACUUGUCACUUAAAAUUGAUUUUUACAUUUUUUUCGUAAAACCUACUUUUUGCAAAGUUUUACUUGUCACUUUUUGACAUCUAAGUAUCAAUAAGGAUAUUUAGACUACGUCCCAUAGCAGCAACAUCACCAUCAAAAAGGCCUUUUACACUAUGUAACAAUAAAAACUUGUUUUUUUAAAUUAAUAUUAUCUCUGAAACUAGGCGAAUUUCAAAAAAGUUUAUAGGACAUUUUAUGUCUCUAAAUAUGAUCAGAAAUACGCUGUUAAAAUUAUUCGGUUUACUCAUGUUACACCGUGUAGAUAAUACUCCACAUUUCGCUGUCAAACUCAUUCUGGCAUAAUAGUUAUAAUGUAACACUCACUGUUUGUAAAAUUAUAACAGUUAUGUUAUAAUGUAAACUGUUAUUCAGGUAUAAGAGUAAGUACAUAUUUAUUUCUCAUAAUAGAAUUACACACUCACUUAUAAUGAGAAACAUUUAUUCAACGUGUUAUUAUAGGUAAUAUUGUGUAAUAAAAAUAACAUUCUUUAACUUCAUUGUGUUGAGGAAUGUUCUGUUAACUUAACAACAAUUUGCAAUAGUUAUGGUCCAUUUUGAAAAUAUUUAUUGAUCAUUAUUUGUAUUUAUAAAAAUCAUACUGAUGUUAAUUUUGCAAACUUUAUCUCUUGUAAUAGAUGUUUAUUAUUGACCUAAGAAUGUGUAUAAAAAUAUGUAUAAGUAAGUUAUGUAUGUAUAUAUAAGGAAAUAGUAGGUUCAGACAUUCCAAUGAUUAUAUUCCUCAUAUUUUAAAUAUUUUAUUGAGAUGCAUUAGUUAUGAUUUAGAUUUCCAUGAUAAAUAAUUAUUUUAUGUUUAUUAAAUAAUUUAUAUUUUUUCCUUUACAAUGAAGUAUUUUAACUUUUGUGAUAAUAAUAAAUACUGUAGAACAUUACAAUAGCUAAAAUAAGCGUAUUUUAUUAAUAGUAAUAAGCCGUUUAAUACAAAAUGUGACUACUUCAGCCAUUCCAAAGUUAGUUAUUAGAUAAUUAUAUGAGAUUAAUGACUAUUUAGAACAAUUCAUAAUAGAUUAAAAGAAAAGUGUAAGUUUUGACCACAAUGAAAAAAUAAUUAUUAAUAAAAAGUAUUAAUUAAUAGUUCGUACACGAAACUUUAAGAUCUCUCGCCCUUAAUGAUGUUAUAUUUCGAAAAUUUUCCAAAAAGUUAAAAAGUUUUCGGUUAGUUAUGGAAAAAAUUUAAUUCCUUUCGAUUUCUUUUUCAUACAAAAACUUGAGUUUUUAAAUAUUUUCUUGCGGAAUGUUUUACCGUUUUGGAAAGUUUCCGACACAACAGUUGCUGUGUUCGAACUCUGUGAUGGUUAAGAAAUAUCUUGAUAUGCUUUAUGUGAUUCCAACAUUCCUUUUUUUGUGUGUUGAUGUAUUAAAACGAAUACGUAAACUAUGUAUAAAUGUAUAAAUAUGAAAAAAAAAUGCUAAAUCUGGUAUUUUGCUUAUUAAAAUGAUGUGAGCUUCA